AUGGAAAGGAAUAAUGGUACAUCAACCACAGAUUUCAUUCUCUUGGGCCCCUUCUUUGGGUUUCAACGUGUCAACCUUGUGGUCUACCUCAUCCUUCUGGUUUAUUUCAUUGCCCUCACAGGAAACUCUGUUCUCAUUUUCCUGAUCUGGGUGGAUUUCCACCUCCACACUCCCAUGUACUUCUUACUCAGCCAGCUCUCCCUUAUUGACUUGGUCUACAUCUCCAGCUCUGUUCCUAAGAUGGCCAUCAAUCAUUGGUUAGGAAAACAUACCAUCUCUCACAUUGGCUGUGGAGUCCAGAUGUUCUUCUGCCUUACUCUUGGUGGUGCUGAGUGUCUCCUCUUAACUCUUAUGUCCUAUGACCGAUAUGUGGCUGUUUGUAACCCACUGCGCUACCCAAUCAUCAUGAGCCCUAAGGUUUGCUUGCUAAUGGCUGCAGUGUCAUGGGCAGGGGGUGCUCUAAAUUCACUCAUUCAAACCAACUACACAAUGCAUUUCCCUAUUUGUGGACUGAAAGAGAUCAAUCACUUCUUCUGUGAGAUGCCUGCCAUCCUGAAGUUAUCCUGUGAGGACACUUUGAAUUAUGAGAUGAUGGUGUCCGUGGUAAGUGUUGCAUUUAUUCUCAUCCCCUUUAGCAUCAUAAUAUCCUCCUACAUUCGUAUCUUCCUAACUGUUCUCCGAAUGAAUUCUCCUGAGGGGAGAAACAAAGCUCUGGCCACAUGCUCUUCCCAUUUGAUUGUAGUGAGUCUCUACCUAGGUCCAGGCAUAGUGGUCUACAUGACACCUGGUUCCUCCCACACUCCAGAGCUGGAUCAAGGUCUUUCCAUGUUCUAUACCAUCCUCACCCCCAUGUUGAACCCCAUUAUCUACAGCCUGCGGAACAAAGAGGUGAUGGAGGCUCUGAGAAAUGUCCUAAAGAGGAACCUUAUAUCAAAAUAG